AAAAGGGAACAGGUGAGCUUUAGCAUGCAGGAGAUCACUGAGCUUCGGUCCGACCUGUCACAAACAACGAAGUCAUCAAGGAUGGUGAAGGCUGUGCUUUCUGCUGUUUUGGUGUUGGCGAUCAUUUCCUCCACCAUUGCCAAAUACAUCCCGAAGACUGGCAAGAGGAUCCCACAGACUCUGUCGAGAGGAUGGGGUGACCAGCUGAUCUGGGCUCAGACAUAUGAGGAGGCUCUCUACUGGUCAAGGUCAAGGAACAAGCCUCUGAUGGUCAUAUUUCACCUUGAGGACUGUCCACACAGCCAAGCACUGAAGAAAGUUUUCUCUGAAAACAAUGAGAUCCAGAAAACUCUUGAUGAGGAUUUCAUCGUUCUCAAUCUCAUGUAUGAAACCACAGACAAGCAUCUGUCCCCUGAUGGACAAUAUGUUCCACGGAUCCUUUUUGUUGACCCCUCCAUGACAGUGAGGGCUGACAUCAAUGGACGCUACUCUAACCGCAUGUACGCCUAUGAAACGGGUGACAUCAGCCUCUUGAUAAGCAACAUGCAAACAGCUAAGAAGCUCCUGAAGGCUGAACUGUGAGGACCCGGACUCCACCCAGUCUGUCACCACUGAUCAGAUAAAACUCUGUUUACCACUAACCUUUAUGAUUUUCAUCCUAAAUAAAAUGUACUGAUUCUUACAAUUUGUGAAGCUAAUCGUCUGGACAUAUAUUUGAUUUAUGUUGAUCAAAUAUACUGUAAUAUGAAUUAAUUAUUUUGUUUGUCAAUACAACACAUUAAAACAAAAAAUGUGUCUUA